AUGGGCCGUGGACCAUAUGGAGAUCCCAUCGGAUCAGGCGCCUGGGAUAAGCAACUGGCGUCAGGGGGUGAAGCUGCGGGGGAAAUUGCGUCGAGGAGCGAUGGAUGGGAGAGCGAUUCAGGCCAUGUCUCCCAAGCGCUGGCUGACCCUCCCUGUUCCCCGGACUUUUCGAGCCCGAUUCGCUCUGCUCGACUGUUAGCGAGGGUCAUGGUUGACCAGGACCGGGUCCGGGACCGGGGAUGGGAUAGGCCGGGGACUUGUGUAGAGGAGCUUUUGGCGAAGCGAACAGUCGAGUCGAGUCGAGUCGAGUUGAUUGUUGCGAGCCGGCCUGUGGGUUUGGAAGAGGAAAGGCGGCGAGCUUGGCCAACUUUUUUGCAACCGUCGACGGACCUGGUCUGGGUCGAGGAGCAGCAGCAGUAG